AUGGAGCACGUAGAAAGCUACAGUGAGUUCAUCAACCACGAAUUCGUGGAUGAGAGCAAUGCUGGCCCUCAUCCUGAAGCAACAAACAGCUUCGCAGUAGCCGAUGAUGAUAUUCUGGGGGCACAGGGGCAUGACGCAGUAUUCAAACGAUCAUUCUCUAUCGUUGCAUCUCUCGGCUUUGCAUUCAAUAUCACGAACGCGUGGGUCGGUGCACUAAGCAACUUCGGACAGAAUCUCAGAUAUGGAGGAUCCCAAGUAGCUCUAUUUUCUGUUAUCAUUGCUUGCUUUGUGCAGUGGAUCAUAACUCUGGGACUCUCUGAGCUGGCUUCAGCGUUUCCUUCAUCCGGAGGCCAAUAUCACUUUGUCUACAUAAUCGCCCCCCAGAAGCACAAGAGGUUUGCUGCCUUUGUGACAGGUUGGAUGUCUAUACUCGGAUGGUGGAUGGUGACAUGCUCCGGCUUGUCUCUUGUGGCCAAGGCAGCCCUAGGACUCGGACAAUUUCUACACCCAGACUUCGAGAUCAAACAAUGGCAAGAAUACUGCGUCCUCGGUGAUUUUGCUGCUAUCUAUGGUCUCAUAUACCUUGCCAGCACCACGGCUUUUAACUCCAUCAUUACCUUUGCCGUUACGCUAUUGAACUUGAGUUACGCCAUUCCUCAGGCCAUUCUCGUUACCCGAGGUCGUGCGCGGUGUCUGCCAAAGCGGCCACUCGACCUUGGUCGAUGGGGAUAUAUCUGGAAUGUUUUGGCGUCGCUGUGGAUUAUAGUCGUGGGUGUUAUGGUUUGCUUUCCGCCUAAUCUCCCCGUCACCUUGGGCUCGAUGAACUAUAGUGCACCCGUUUUGGUGGGAUUGUGUCUUAUCAUUCUUGUUUUCUGGGGUUUGAUAGGGGACGAGUUCAAGGGGCCUAAUAUUGACUGGGAGAUGUUGAACCUCAAGAAUGAGGCGCCGAGCGACGGUUCGACAGGUAUAGUUGAGCCGAAUAUAAUCUGGACAAACUCGCUGAAUUUGUGA